AUGUUAAAAAGGGGGCACGGGGAACACAAAAAGACGUGUCUGAAAAGUGGUGCAAGAUUUUGUCCAUCCACAGUAGCUGAGCGAUGUUUUUUCUUUUUUGUUAUCCAUGUUGUGCUGGCGCAGGAGAAAGACAAGAAGAAGCGCUGCACUUCCCAGGUUGUGCACCCCCAGUGGCGGGUCCACAGUGACAAGCUGCGCAACGCCCUGCAGGUCAGCAGGGCCUGGUGUGGGUGGACGGGGCGGCCUGAGUUCAGGCAAACCAGCGCUCAGCUCACGGAUCGAGUGAAGGACUUGCUCGACGUCGCUGUGGCGUGGCGCCUGCGCAAGCAAGGCUUGCCUUUGUGGGUCGGCCCAGAAGCCCAGGAGUGCCUCAAGGACUUCUUUGUCGACGUGUCGCAGUCUGUGGGGCGGACUCCGUGGGGCAAGUGCGGUGACAACGUGUUGUGCUUUACAAAGAGCACCGUGCUGUACUCUUUCCAGAGGGGCUCGCUGGUGCACCCUCUGGAGAUGGCAAGGAUGCUUGGAUGGCCUGACAACUGGGAGGCACCAGCAGGGGUUCCGCUGAACAAGAUCAAGGAGAUGCUCGGGAACUCUGUGGCCUUGCCGAGUUUGGGUAGCGUCGUUUGGGCGUGGCGACUUGUGCAAAGCAGGCGAAUGUGA